AUGAGUGUGAUAAUAAGACUGCAGAAUCUUCCUUGGUCAGCCAAUGCGCUUGACAUUAGAAAUUAUUUCCAAGGCCUUUCUAUUCCGGAAGGUGGAGUACACAUCGUAGGUGGCGAACUUGGUGAUGCGUUCAUAGCCUUCAGUACCGACGAAGAUGCGCGUCGGGCGAUGAUGCAAGAUGGCGGGAAAAUUAAGGAGAUUCAAGUAAAAUUACUACUCAGCUCCCGUUCCGAGAUGCACAAGGUCAUCGAAGCGGCUCGUCAAUGUGUACCCAUUAUGUCAUUGAGUGCGCCGGCACCUGCGCCUGUUAUUCCGCAAGUUACCGUGUCCAACCCCGUACCGGCUCCCGCGCCUCCGGUAAUCACCCCUUUCUCAGCAGCUCUAGGCAAUCAUCCUCUGGCCAGUUUUGGCAUUCCGGGCCUCGGAAACCUCCAAGAAAUCCCUCAGCCAGCGGUGAUAGAGCCCCCUCCGCCGCUUAUUAGUCCAUCUCAUAGCCAAUCCGCCGAAGAGGAAAAAGAAAAAACGGAACAUAAACCCGAAAAGAAGAAAAGAGACGACAGACGACGAUCGCGGUCCAGAUCGCGCGAUAGAAAGGACAGGAAGAGAGAUAGGCGGGACCGAUCUCGGUCCAGGGAAAGGAGGCGCCGAGAUCGGAGUCGAUCGAGAGAGCGACGGGAGAGGAACAGAAGUAGAAAAGAUAGGAGUUAUUCUCGCGAUCGCUCUCCGUCCCGCAGAUCGCGCGAUAAACGAAAUGAAAGAAAAUCUCCACAGCAAACUUCUCAAGACAGAACGAUGGAUAGUAUGAAUGACGCCAGUCGAUCCCCGUCGCACUAUGCCGCUGCGGUCGCGAGCAUUCAAGGCCAACUGGCGGCCCAAAUGUCUAAUGCCAUUAUUAAAAACGGACCUCUGGCUGCUUCCAGUCCGGUCCCCAAUCGCUUCAACGACCCCUCCGUGGCCGAAACUUUGAAUAAAUUACAAGAGUUAGGAAAAAAGAGAAACCCCAAUGCAUUCCAGGGCGAACAGAACGGUAACAAGUUUAUGGGCGCUCAAAGUGGCCCUAAUGUCCCCAGGGGUAGUUUCCGCCGCGACGCACGCCGCUUUGACAGCCCGGAACAUACUGAUUGCUGUGUGGUCAUCAAAAAUGCUCCCAACCACACUAGCUACGGUGACGUGCGUCGCUUCUUCCCCUACAUGAUCGAUAAGCAUGGCAUCAAAAUGAUCAAUGACAACACUGGACGGAGAACGGGAACCAUUUACGUCAGGUUUUGUGACGUCCAAUCUAAACAAGCGGCUUUACAGAGAAAAGCGAACGAGUUAAAAGGUGCUAAAGUCAUCGUAGAAAGUCUCGACGAUGAAGAUUAUGACGCGGCGGUCGACUCCUUCCUGCCUUACAGAGAAGACAACGAAGAGGAAGCCCCCAAAUUAGAUCUUCCAAACACCAAUGUUAUGUCCUACACUAUUCUGAAGUUAGCCGACCUCCCGCAUUAUGUAAAAGAACACGAGAUCAUAAAAAUGUUUAGUGACUUUUCACUUUUGUCCAUUAUAUUGGAUGAUUGUCGAAUGACGCGAUCCAAGAUAGCGUACGUCCAGUUCGCCAAAGCGGAGGACGCCAGAGCGGCUUACGACAAAAGGGAGAGCUACAAGUUUAAACGGCGCCAGCCCAUCAUAACACCUAUCACCCAAAAGGAAUUUGAUCAAAUCAAAAUGAAAAUCGAAAACCGAACCGGCCAGGCCGGUAAAACUGGCCUCGGUUUACCGCCAUCGGAUUUGCUGAAUAACCAAGACCCGAACUUACCGAGGGAUCCGCGUCAACGGCGCCAACCGACAGAUAAUGGAAUGCCCAUGAAUCCGAUGAUGCCAAACCCACAGAACCCGGGAUUCUUUCCCAACUUCGCUGCUUCGAACGGCCCACAAUUCGGUUUCCCCAACCCAGGUGUAGUAGACCCUAGAACGGCAGCGGCGAAUUGGGCUUCUCGUCCUCAAUUUUCAAAACAGAACGUGCCUUUCGCUAAUCAGGGUCACGGUCCGGCACCUCAGCACGUGAUGACAGUAAAAAUGGACGAUGACCCACCUGACUCGGUCCUCAUGAAGGGAUUGCCCCGCGACGCCACCGAUAGAACUAUUGUACACUUCCUCUCCGAUACGGGAGCGGUUCCCUCUAGAAUUCAUCUCAUGCUGGACCCCAUGGGUCUCCCGUCAGGGGACUGCUUUUGCGAGUUCAGAUCAGAACAGGAAGCGAGACAGGCCGCUUCUAAACAUGGACAUAUGUUAAACGGGUGUCGAAUCACGGUGGACUUGGUCAUGAGAAGCGUAGUCGAAGAAGCCUUGGAGGGCCCGAAAGAGCCAAAACCGAGUAUGAGCGAGGGUCUGCUAGGAAACGCGCCCUACUUUGACGCGCAGCGCGGCGGUUUCGGCCCACCUAACCAAGGAUUCAGAGGUCGCGGAGGUUUCGACCGCGGUGGCUAUAGAGGUUUCGAUCAAGGUCGGGGUGGUUUCGACCCCAGUCGAGGCGGGCGAGGCGGUUUCGUCCCGGUACGCGGCAACGGAUUUAGAGGUAGAGGUAAUUGGACUGAGCGCGGCCGAGGGUUCGACAGGGGGAGGGGUAGAGGCUUCGUACGAGGUCGAGGGGGGUUUGACAACGGCGCUACUCAAAGACAAAACGAUGAAGAGCCAGAUCCCGGUUUGGAGGACUUCGGAGCGCCGGGGUGCGUCGUGAGCAUGGAGAACGUGCCCUUUAGAGCGACAGUGGAAGACAUAUUAGGGUUCUUCAGCGAUUUCGAACUGACACAAGACGACGUGAUAAGACGGUACAAUGAAAGAGGCCAGCCCACGGGCGACGCGCGGGUCGCGUUCAGAACCGCCUUUGACGCGCAAAGGGCCGUCCAGACGAGGCAUAUGAACACCAUCUUCGAUAGGAGGAUCAGCCUCACGGCAAUGUAG